AUGAUAUCUAUUUUAGAAGAAUUAAAUGUUUAUAUUAAUAUUUUAACUCAAAAUGUAAAAUCAUUCAUCUUUCAAAAUAAUAGAAUCAUUAUUUAUCUUUCCAUCAUAGUUCAUUUACUUGCCAUUUUAAUUUUAUUUUAUCUUCCUUUUUUGGGAAGAAAUACAUAUCUAUCAGAAAAGAAUUUACAGUGUACUGUAACACCAUUCAUAUCAAACUCUUUGACUUUUGUGAAACAGGCUGAAGAGUAUCAUAGAUCAUUGAUUGAAGAUGACGAUGAUGAAGUAGCUAAUCGAGCAUAUUGGAUACACGAUAGAUUGAUUGAAAUUGGGUCGGUGGAUGUCCAGAUACAUAGGUUUAACGCAUCAAGGGAUCGUGUUGGUAUCAAUGUGAUUGGAGUGUUGCGUGCAUCACGAGCCAUUGGAACUGAAUCAUUUGUCGUAACAACUACAUACGAUCAGAACAAGAGUGAAGGAGGUAUAGCCUUUCUACUCGCUUUUAUAGAGUAUCUUGGUGAAAAGAGUCGAUGGAGUUCUAGGGACCUAUACUUUGUGUUUACAAGUGAGGGUCGUGACCUUGACAUUAGUGGUGUAUCUGUUUGGCUCAAUGAUUAUGGUCAAUUUAAAAGUACCAACAAGAAUAUUGGUUGGACAAAACAGCCAUUAAUGAGAAGUGGUCCUAUAUUUGGUACGAUUGCAUUGGAUAGGAUUGUAACAUCGGAUGAUUUAUUUAAAAAGAUUAUAAUCUAUCCAGAGGGAUUAGAGGGGUCUUUACCAAACCUUGAUAUGGUUAAUGUCUUGUCCACUACAUCUUAUCUAAACGAUGUUCCAGUUGGACUCAGUUCGAUGGGUCAUUGGGAGCCACCCGUUGGUUCAAUCACCGGUCUAUUAUCUUUUAUCCUUCAUUCAUCCAUUUCACUUCCAAGAUCUAAUCAUGCUAUCUAUACACGUUAUGGAAUCAACUCUAUUGGUAUAAGUACUGAUGCCUCUCGUAACUUUUUCGAUUUUGAUUAUUACUCUUCACCACUUAGGAAUAUUCAUACAGAUAGCAAUAAUAACUCACUAAAUAUAAUAUCACCAUCAAAAACAUUUAUCACUCUUGGAAAGAUCAUUGAAACUACAAUCAGACAUUUAAAUAAUGCUGAUGAACAAUUACAUCAUAGUUUUAGAUGGUAUAUGUUGGGAGGAUCGGUAUAUUUUAUAGAUACUGGACAGGCAUUACUACCAAUGAUACUAUCAACCAUAUCAAACGUUAUAUUGAUAUUAAAUAUAUUAUUUAAAUAUUCUCAAGGACAAAAAGGAAAAGAUAAUAAUAAUAACAGUAGCACUAAUUCAUUUUAUUUAUCCUUAUUUAAAUCAUUUCUAUGGUUUAUUCCAUUACUACUAUUAUUGAUAUCAUAUCUUUUAUUACCUACAUUUUUAUCAAAUAUUCUUGGUCUUUUACCAACUAUCGAUUUAAAUAUUACAAAUACACAUUGGAUAAUUGAAUUAUUUAAUGAUAUUUAUUUAUUAAAGGAUAAUAUUGAAAAUCAAAUAAUUGUAUCGUCAAUCAUUUAUUUAAUAAUGUGUACACUAUUUUAUUGGCUUAUUUAUAAACCUUUAUUUCAAACUUUAACAUCUAUUCUUACACCCCCGCCAUCAACCCAAGAUGAAAAUGAAUCGACCAUGAAAAAAGAUUCUUUAAUAUUGAUAUUAUUAGGAUAUUUAACAUUAAUAGGAUUAAUAUUAAUGAUAAGUAAUAAUCAAUUUGCAUUUGUUAUCAAGAGACAGAUAUUUUAUUAUAUAAGAUGGAUACAUUUAACGUGUAAAGUCGAUCAUCUAGAUGAUCGAUCACAAAAACAACAACAACAACACUCAUCAACUGACCACAUCGUAACAGUCAAACAACAACUAAAAAGACAACCUUCUCAUUAUGAGUACACUUAUUUUACCAAUCCACGUAUUGGAAAGGAUAUAGAGAGUGAUACAUCACUGUACAAGUUUGUUCGGUAUAAUCGAGCCGAUCUAUUCUUCAAAUAUGCUCAUCUAGUGCAACUAGAUCAAACACUGGUCAAAGUAGAACAAUCAAAGGGUUGGUAUUUACAUUAUUGCACUGGUUUGGUGGAAUCUUACCGAAAUGUAUUGUGGGAGACUGCUACGACGCUAUGUUGUAAUCCCGACAUUAUCAAAUACCUGGCACUUCAAUGUACAUUUACCAAUCCUCGUAAAGAGUUGUCUAAUCUCUUAAAAGGCAAAUAUUACUAUCGAUUCAAAUUGGACGGUAGUAGUAACGAUCAAGCCGAAUCAAUCAAUCGACUACAUAUACAAUCUCUAUUAUCGUUUAUAGAUGUUGUAUUCAUCCUUCACGAUAGAUUCGCUAAAGACCUACUAGUAUUCAAGUAUAGUAAUAAAUUCACAAGAUUAAUAUUCAAUCAUUCAAUCAUUUGUGAAACAAUCAUUAAUCAUAUCAACAAAUUAUAUAAUCAACAAGACAUAGAUAUAGAUAUAUCUACAUUGACUAUUACCCCUCCUUCCUCCCAUCAUCCUCUUCAAAAACCAACAGAUCAAUUAAUCUUAAAGACUCUAUCAUUAUUGCACCAAUAUAAAAUAUGUAAAGUCAAUUGGCAACAUAUUAUUAAGAAAUCAAUCAAAUACUCUAAUACAAAGAUGAUAGAUUAUGUCGUGGAAAAUCAUGGUGGACCAAAAAUGUUGACAUCCUCUCAUUUAAAUUAUGCAAUUUGGACUAGUAACAUUAAAAUGAUCAAUUAUAUCAUGUCGGUUAAUAAUAAUAUCAAUAGUAAUAGUUAUACUCUACAUUCAUCUUUAAAUCCAAAAGAUGUACAACUCUAUGCUCACGGUGAUAUAAACCAAGAAAAACAAAAACAACAUUUUAUAUCAAUCAUAUUAUUGGUAUUGGAUAAAUUUUCCAAUCCUCUUGGUGGCAAAUGGAUAUUGGAAAAGAUUCAUCCUCUUUUACAAUCAAUAUCAUUGUUUUAUACUUUAUUCAACUCCAACAAGGUCACACUCCAAAAACAAAACAAUAUAUCAACUUCAAAAAUAUUGGGAUCAAUUGUUCUUUCAAAAGACAUUAAUUUAUUACAUCAUGUCACAUCAUCUAUUCAAUUUUACAAUGAUCAAAUUAAUAAUCAAAAUAAUCAAAAUAAUAAUAAUAAUCAAAAUGAAAAUGAAAAGAUUGAAUCCAACAAAAAAACAAUUUAUUUGGAUUAUCAAUAUGCUAUAAAUUGUUGUUUCAAAAUUGGAUCAAAAGAAUUAUUAACUUUUGUAUUGGAUCUCGCUAUUCAACAAAAUCAUCAUCCUCUUUACCAAAUUCCUUACAAGAUACUUUACAUACCAACAACUACAGAUUCUAUCAAGAUUGGAGAAUAUGUCAAUUUGGUUGGAUACGCCAUGCAAAGAUUAAAGUCGACUGUCAAUGAAAUAGUUUGUGAUCAAUAUUUAAUUUGUAGAUUACUUUCACAUCCUAGUACAUUGUUGUGGGAAACUAUCCAAUCGCUAUUCCCAACGAUCAACCAUCGACCAGGUGAUAGUCCAAAGGAGAUAUACCAAUGGUAUAUGCAUGGCUAUCUAUCUGCAACGCCAAGAAUAGCGAAAAGCACCAUUCAAUGUACCAGAUCACUCAACUUUGAACUAUUUGACCGUACCAUUGGAUCGGUACCGAUAGGAGACCGUGCCUUCCUCAUGGAAAAGUUUAUUCAAAAUCUAAUCUACGUUGUGGAUGAUUGUAAUCGUUUGGAUUGUUUUUAUUCAAACUCGAUCGCUCCUUUACAUCAUACAACUCUUCCUUUAGAAAACUCUUCACCAGACUUGGUCCAGAGAUACCAACAAAGAUUAAAGGCAAAAGAAUUUAUCAACUCUAUCUUUUCAAACAAAAAUAUAUUUUCCUAUAUUUGUUUUGAUAGUAUUUAUAUUCCAAAUACAUUAGUUAAUGAACAACAUCCAAAUAAUCAAAAUAAUAAUCAAAAAAAUAAUCUUACCAUUUUGGAAUUUAUGGGCCAAGUAUUAAAAGAUAGAGAUAUGUAUGUUUUCAGUGGAUGGCAAUCACGUUUAAAGUAUGAACAAAAGACAAAAGUCUCUGGAACAUACACUUUGGCGGAUAUGGCAAGAUCAAACAGAGUUUCAUUUUACAAAUCUAGUAAGAUGAAACAAAUUCAAACAUUGUAUCGUCCUCUUUUCAAUUUCUUUGGAUCAAUUGAAUUAUUAAGAGCAUUGGAUGCUGAAUAG